UUUCCAGGAUGCCUGACCAUCCAGAUCCGCACCGUCUUGUGUAUUUUCAUGGUGGUCUUGAUCUGCUCCGUGGCCCAAGGAUGUGUGGUGGGCUGUCUGCCCUGGGCCUGGAGCUCCAGCCCCAACAGGACCCUGGUGGUCCUGACUCCCAGCGGCCAGAUCACAGUGCUGCCCGCUGCGCCCUGCGAGUCUGCGCCCCACGCCCUGCUCUACGGCCUAGUGGGCACGCUCCCACUGGCCAUCUUCCUGCGAGUGUCCUCCCUGCCCAAAAUGAUCCUGCUCCUCGUGCUCAAUGGGUCCUACAUCCUGGUCCUGGAGCUCAGCGGCUACACCUGGGCCUCGGGGGGCAACGCAGUGUCCGGGCUCAGCUUCGAGCCCAUCAUGGCCAUCCUGCUGUUCUCGUGCACCCUGGCCCUGCACGCCCGGCAGGUGGACGUCAAGCUGCGGCUGGACUACCUCUGGACGGCACAG